CUGCACAGGAAUUCUUAUUCGAACCAGGAAGUACAUUACUCCAGUUUUCAUAAAUACGUAUUUGCUUGCACACAUUUAUGUAUCUCUAUACAUCAAGAAAUUAUGUUCGUUCUGACCCCGAUCGAUGCAUGCAGGUGCUUACAUAUUUAAUACAGAGUUCAAAAAUUACCUCAUAUCAUACAAAAUUAUAUCUUCACAAAGAUCAGUUUUUCCUUUGCAAUGCAAUUACAGUAUUUCAAAUUUUCAAAUAGCUUUCAAAUUUUAAAUGAAUAAUUUUAAAGCUUUGAUAACCUUGGGUUUAAUAUAUUUAUCUUUAUUCAAUUUCUACUGGAUUGUCUCCAAUCAAACAGAACUUCGAAACAAUGUACAAAUCGUACAGGAAGGAAAACUCAUCACGGACUUGCAGGAAUUUCACUGGGAAGAAUUACUCAAUAAUCAAAAUGGUAGUAAUUUAGAACUCGCACUUUCUCAACUUAUCCACAUCUUGCUGCCCCAUUUAAUUCAAGAACCACUGCAACCCAUCAACACGUCAUGUUUCCCGCCAUCACCAACAAAUCAAACCUGCCCGCCAAGAUUCCUAGUAGGUUCGAGCGUCCCGAAAAUCGGCGUCCUUAUUCAACUAGGCUUUGACGUAGACUCUUUAGAAAUCCAUCUCAACGAGUUGUACGACAUUGUCGACAAGUUUUUCAUACUGGAAUCCACACGAACACAUUUCCACACAAUUCGAAAACCAUUGAUCUGGGAGAGGAUACGAUUGCAACCCCGCUUCGAGAAAUUUAGCGACAAAAUCAUCCCAUUUACGUUGGAUGACGCGGAAUCUGCUCAUUUGUCGAGUAAGGAGGAAUUUGCUCUGGAAACAUUGCAAGAGACGUUACGAUGGGAGAAGUUCUUGCGAUGGAAUAAUUCGACACGUUUCUUUAAUGAGGACGAUUUCCUGGGAUUCGGCGAUGUCGACGAAGUUCCAUCUCGUACCGCAAUUCAACUCUUGAAACACUGUAAUCCAACCCUUGAUCCUGUCGAUAUCGGAAUUUGGUUCCCCUUCGGGAACAUUGAGAAUUCAUAUCUCAGCGACUUUCCCGUUCGCGGAUAUCCCUACACUCUCGGGGAUCCGACCUAUUGGAGGUUAAAAACCGCUCUUGAUUUCUACAAAAGUGGAAAAAUUCCUACCCGAAUGAGAGGCCUGUCUCCGAGCAUCCUUCUCGGAGGGAUGCAUCUGACGCAUUAUGGUUAUCUCCCGUAUCAAAUUGUGAGACGUUUUACGGUCAGCGAGAACCGUUGGGACUACGUGGGAAACAUCACGGCAAAAAUUUUAGAGUUUUUACGUCCCUCGGGAGGAGGCGAUCCUGACCUUAUCGGACUUGAGAAGGCCUUCGCAGCACCACCGGCAGAAUUAGGGAGCAGAUUAAGAAAUCUGACCGAAUUACUUAUCUCCAAUGAACCCGGGAUGAGACAGAUAGCUGUAUUGCCGUGGUUUUAUAAUUGUAAUAGGGAUCGAUAUCCGAGCUGGGAGGGGCGACAUGAUACAAGAUUAGAUAUUUAGGAUUACAUAAAUUUACAUACUGAUUAAUUUUAAUUUGAUACUUGAUGCGAGAGAAUGAAAGUAAAAAGUCGUAUGGUAUACAUAAUAUGUAUACCAUACGACUUUGCAUAUUUUGCAAACUUGUACAUAUUUGCACACAUUUUGGGUAUACAAAUUUGCACUAUUUGCUGUAAAAUCGAAGCGAAAUUAUUUUUUCCUCAGUUCUGGAAUAUAAAUGAAGUACUUCAUUUCUUAUGUGUAAAUGAAAAAAUCUGACAUUCUUUAAUGUCGAUGAACUUAACAGAGCUCCUUAAACUUUUGGCUAUGCUCCAGAUUAAGGGUUUGACAGACAGGUUGACACUUGUUCAUGUCAUAACGAAACGAGUUAAAAAAUAAUCGUUUUUAACUGUCUUCGAAUAGAUAAUAAUAACAAAAUAUAAUGACAAAUUGUUUAAAGUUAACAAAUUACAUUCGACUAAAGCAUGUUAAAAGAUAUUUAUUUAUUUAUACUUUUCUAUGUAUGGUACAUAUGUAUUUUAUGGAACUCUUUUUAUUAUGCGGAUGUUAAAAUCACAUUAUUUUUUUCAAUUUCUCAUAAUUUUUCAAACAUAUUUUUUCAUACAUACACAUAUGUAUGCAUUUAUCAAAUAAGUACGUAGAUAAACAGAGAACUGGGAAAUAUAAGUACGUAUUUAUUUAUAUCGGAU